AGUCUUUAAACAAACGGCAAUGAGGAACACCAUCUGCCUAAGCGUAUUUGCCCUAAAAAUACCAAUCCCCCAAAUUCGCCGCUUCAAUCCCACGAUCUCUCACCAUGAUUUCAACUCCUCCCACGAAUUCUUCUGCGUUGGAUUCCAGUCCUACAAAUUUGGCGCUUCAACCACGAUUUCAUCUCCUAACCCACGAUUUCUUCUGCCCUGCAUUCUCAGUACAAUGAUUUCACAAUUUUAUCAAAUCAGUUUUCUACUUUUACAGUAUAUAGUUCUAUUUUUUCUCCCUUGUGUGCAUAUGAAACAACAACUUUGGACUACAAAAGGAUUUAAUGGCGGCUAAAAUCAAUUUCGUUAGCGAAAUUAACAGCAAGUCAAUGAAUUGAAAAUUAAAGGUUCGUAUUGUCCGAAUCGCGACAGAGAUGGCCCUUUUUCAAUUGAGAUUAUUGUAAUGGAUGAAAAGGGCAACCGCAUUCACGCAAGUAUUGGCAGGUCUUUUAUCCAAAGGUUCAAACAAGAAAUUAAGGAAAUGGGUUUGUACAUCAUGAAGAAUUUCGUGGUUUGUCCAAAUAAUAUGAAGCUGAAGACCAAAGACCACAAGUUUAAGUUGAUGUUCACGCAUAAGACCACUGUUGAUGAAAUACAUGAUCCACAUUUCAACAUGUCUAUUUUCAAAUUUAGAACCUAUGAGCAGCUUUCAAAUCCCCAAGAAUUUGACAAUACUGAGUUAUUCGAUGUCAUUGGCGAAAUUGUGAGCUAUGAGGACGUACAGUCUAUCAAGCAAGAUGAUAACAUCCGUAUGUACAUGAACAUUGAGAUACAAGAUUAUGCGAGCAACAACCUUUCUGCAACUCUUUGGGGAGACUUUGUGGAACAGAUCAAGCCAUAUUUGAAUGGAUCUAAUGAUAAGCAUGUUGUCGUCGUAAUGCAAUUGGUUAGAGUACACCGAUAUCGAGAACAAUAUUCAGUGAGGAACACUUGGCACACAUCGAAGCUUUGGAUCAAUUCAAAUCUUCCUCAAGUUGUUGACUUUAGCUCCAGGUCUCUUUAAGUUGUACUAAAUUUAAGGCUAUUUCAUCCUAAAUUUUAGUCUUAAUAUUUAUUAACGUAUCUCAAGUUAAAAAAAACUGAAUGGUUUCUGUGCGUGGAGAAAGCUCACAAAGAAUUACUCAAAUUUUAUCUCACAAAACUCAUUCUGUUGCUAAUGAGCUAGCAUCUGGAAGUAUUGAAGUUAAAAAUAUUGAGGAUUUGGGUGACUGUAAGCACCCAGGAAAUUUCUGGGUUGUAGCAACUAUUGUACACAUUGAAUUAGACCGUGGAUGGAGUUAUUUAGCAUGCAAAAAUUGCGCAAAGAAAGUAGACAGAGGGGAAUAAAUUCUAUUGUAAAAAAUGCGAGCAGAUUCAAUCUGCCACUCAUAGGUACAGGCUACAAGUUUGUGAUGGAUUGCACCGGUACAAUUUCUUUGCUGCUAUGGGAUCGGGAUGCAACUAAGAUUAUCGGAAAGUCGGCAAAUGAUUUAAAAGAUGCUGUAUUUGAGACUUCUGGUGCUGCAGAAGACUCUUCAUGUCCAAUGGAGAUAGAAAAUAUUGUCGAAAAAAUGUUCAUGUUUAAAGUUGAGGUGAAGAGUAUCAACAAUCAGAAUAAAGAUGAAGUCUUAAAAGUUGUUACGCCUACUGACGACGAGGAAAUUAUAAAGAAAUACAUUCCUUCACCACAAGAAGACAAAUUCAAAGACCCAGAUUUCAAUAAUAACGAAGUCAGUCAUGAAGAUAACGAAAUCACGGAUUCGACUGAAGAUAAUGAGUUGAUCGAUGUUGCACAUACACCUGCCAAGAUAGGUAUAAAUAAUCCUGCAACGAUGGUUGAAGAAGAUUCAAAUGCACAGUUAUCAGGAAAUAAGAUCAAGAGAGUAUUUAAAAAGAAGAAGACAACAUAAGUUGUUUGCAUGUGUAACUGUUGGAUUACUGGAUAAACUAAGAACUGUCUGUUUAGUUAGUUUUAUUAGUUAUGAACAAGACGAUUUGAAUCAUUUCAUGUUUUUUUUCUGGUAUUGAACUUUUCCAGUUUAGUUAGUUUGGUA